AUGAAUCAAUUAGAAACGAAUUUAAUAUUAUGGGCUAUAUGUGCCAUUCUUUUGUUUGAAUUAUUAAUUAUUAUUUGUUUGUGUCGUUGUUUCUUUAAUCGAAUUAAACCCAAAAGAUUUUAUGUUAAACGCGAAGAAUAUGGUUAUCUUCAACAAACAUACUCUAAACCAUUUCAGUCUACCAUUCUUCGUCCACCACAUGCCGAUGAACUGGCUCUCGUUGGAACAUCAAGCGGACAUAGUCAAACAUCUUAUAAUAUUGAUCUGCCAAAUGUGACUUAUCAUUCGGAUAAAGAUGAAUUACGUACUAUACCUCAAUUACAUUCGUUAUCGCCACCUUCACCGCCACUACUACCAUCAUCAUCAUCGACUACUACUCAAUAUCAUCCGCAACGAUUAAAUUGGGUAGAAUUGAGACCAUCGAACGGUUUUAUAAGUACAAGUCAAUUAAGUCCAUCUGAGUAUGAAAUACACUCGUACCAUACGCCACCAUCAGUCAGUAUGCUACACUUACCACCACCUCCGCUUAUUCAACAUUUACAAUUGUCAAAUUUUGAAUCACAUCACGAUAACAUUGAAGAUGAUGAUACGGAUGAUGACGCACCAUUCCAUACAUUUCUUCCAGAGAACGCUAAUCCUCAAGGUGAUAUGAUAAAGCGCACAGACACUUCAACAGAUACAACCAAUUAUUCGGUUAUCAUACCAAAAUCAAUAUUAAAGGGAAGUAGAAAUACUCCACCAUUAGAAUUAGAACAACAACAGGCUUACUAUAAUCGUCCAUACUCUAUUAAUGAUAAUCUUUCCUCACAACGAAGUCGAACACCAUCGAGACUUGAUAGUGGCGAUAUUAGCUAUCGACCACGAUUGAUAAUUGGUAGUACGACAAUUUCUCAACCACUCUAUAUCGAAGAAUCGCCACGCACAUCGGUUAAAGUCAAUACUGAUGAAUCAAUAGCUGAUAGCUUUGUACGGAUAGAUUAUUCAGCAACAUUAGCACCAUACGAUAAACGCUUGACUACCGAUUCUAAUUUAUACAGUCGUUAUCGUAUGAAAUAUGCGAGUAUUAGUCAGUUGAACGAGAUCGAAUGGGACGUACCAAGAGAAUUUCAGACAAUUGUCUAUGAAUUGUCCGAUGAAGGACAAACAAUAAAAGGUGCUCUACUCUAUGAUGCAAACGAUAAUAAUAAAAAUAAUAAUAAUAAUAAUAAUAAUAAUAACAAGUGGGAAAAACUACAGAGAAACCAGAAACUACCAUUGCACGAGACUGAUAGAAUAGAAGAUAAAUCUCCUUCAUACAUCGUACAAGAUGAACGCAGUGUUAGACAACGAAGCCAGUCAGCACACGAUUAUGAUCGAGAAGCAAGACGAACAUAUUACAAUCGUGACGCUAGUCAUAUCUUACAGACUCGAAUAGUUACUGGUUCUGAUCCAUACAUUUCAAGAGUAUUUGUGCCAUGGGAAGAAAACCAAGAAAUUGCAAAAAGAAAAAUACUACAACAGCUCAACCAUACAAAUGAGCAUAGCGAUGAAAUUCAACAAGCGUUCGAGUAUUAG